GGAGGAGCUAUGGAGGACGCCGAUUACUUCGAAGGCAGCGCGGCGGAGUGGGGGAACGAGGCGGACGGAGGGACGCAAGACGAUGAGGAUGGGGAGGGAGAAGAUGAUGCCGAAGUCCAGCAAGAAUGCCUGAAGAAAUUUUCAACCCCUGACUAUAUAAUGGAGCCGUCAAUAUUUAACACGUUGAAGAGAUAUUUCCAAGCAGGAGGUUCUCCAGAGAAUGUUAUCCAGCUCCUCUCUGAGAACUACACUGCGGUGGCACAGACAGUAAAUUUGCUGGCAGAGUGGCUCAUUCAAACAGGUGUUGAGCCAGUCCAAGUUCAGGAGACUGUAGAAAACCAUUUAAAGAGCUUACUUAUCAAGCAUUUUGACCCUCGGAAAGCAGAUUCCAUCUUUACAGAGGAAGGAGAGACUCCAGCCUGGCUUGAGCAAAUGAUAGCACAUACUACGUGGAGAGAUCUCUUUUACAAGUUGGCAGAAGCCCAUCCUGACUGUUUAAUGCUUAAUUUUACCGUGAAGCUCAUAUCUGAUGCUGGAUAUCAAGGGGAAAUAACCAGUGUUUCAACAGCCUGUCAACAACUAGAAGUAUUUUCCAGAGUCCUGCGUACAUCUCUGGCAACAAUUUUAGAUGGAGGAGAAGAAAACCUUGAAAAAAACCUCCCUGAGUUUGCUAAGAUGGUGUGCCAUGGAGAACACACUUACCUUUUUGCUCAAUCUAUGAUGUCCAUAUUAGCUCAAGAAGAGCAAGGAGGAUCAGCUGUCAGACGGAUUGCUCAGGAGGUUCAGCGAUAUGCCCAUGAGAAAGGCCAUGAUGCCAGUCAGAUCACCUUAGCCUUGGGGACUGCAGCCUCUUAUCCUCGAGCAUGUCAGGCUCUUGGUGCAAUGUUGUCCAAAGGAGCUCUGAAUCCAGCAGAUAUCACUGUCCUCUUCAAAAUGUUUACAAGCAUGGACCCACCUCCAGUAGAACUGAUUCGGGUACCUGCCUUUCUGGACCUCUUCAUGCAGUCACUGUUUAAGCCAGGUGCUAAGAUCAACCAGGACCACAAACAUAAAUACAUUCACAUACUGGCAUAUGCAGCUAGUGUAGUAGAGAUGUGGAAAAAGAACAAGAGAGUCAGUAUAAACAAGGAUGAACUCAAGUCAACUUCCAAAGCCAUUGAAACUGUUCACAAUCUGUGUUGCAAUGAGAACAAAGGAGCGUCAGAGCUGGUGGCAGAACUGAGCACACUCUAUCAGUGCAUCAGGUUCCCAGUGGUGGCAAUGGGUGUAUUAAAGUGGGUGGACUGGACAGUGUCAGAACCACGAUACUUCCAGCUGCAGACUGAUCACACUCCAGUUCAUCUGGCAUUAUUAGAUGAGAUCAGUACAUGCCAUCAGCUGCUCCACCCCCAAGUUCUACAACUUCUUGUCAAGCUCUUUGAAACAGAACAUUCGCAGCUUGAUGUAAUGGAGCAGCUGGAACUGAAGAAGACUCUCCUGGAUAGAAUGGUGCACUUACUCAGUCGAGGAUAUGUGCUGCCUGUGGUCAGCUACAUCCGCAAAUGCCUGGAGAAGCUGGAUACAGAUAUCUCACUCAUCAGAUACUUUGUUACAGAGGUGCUGGAUGUGAUUGCUCCUCCAUAUACCUCAGACUUUGUGCAGCUUUUUCUUCCAAUCUUGGAGAAUGAAAGUAUUGCAGGUACUAUUAAAGCAGAAGGGGAACAUGACCCUGUCACCGAGUUUAUAGCUCAUUGCAAAUCUAACUUUAUUAUGAUGAACUAACCAGUGGGAAAUAUCAAGAAAGCAAAGCACAUGAUCACUACUUUGCUGUCCUCUCCACCACUAAGGUUCUAAAAUUGACCAACACAACAGAAAAAAAACCCAAAACCAACAAAAUACCAAAACCAACAAGCCCAAAAGGAGGAAGAAAGGGCUGAAGGGCAUUUGAUGGUCUUGCAUGGUGACCUUGAGCUUUAUAUCAGAGGACUGUUAAUGUAUUUUGGAAAAUGGAAUAAUACUGAAGGAUUUUCUGUUACACAAAUCAGUGUAAACCAGAAUAUUCCAAAGGGAUAACAGCAGAGAAACAGAUUUAUUUCAAAUAGUGUUAUUUUGGUUCAUACAAAAGCUGAAGAAGGGGGAAGGUAGUUCCUACUAAAACUACUUUGCAGAUAGUUCUCUGAAGACUGUAUCUUGAAUGCUGUAGGUUUUGGUGUAAAAAAGGAGUUUGUGUGAUAGCUCUGUGCUGGAGAGAAGCCACAAUGCCUCUUUCUCACCUUUGUAUUGUAUUGGAAUUCUAAAUGUCCUCCAUACUUACUGCAAUGAAAAAAACCCAUUUUGUGUAACACAAGUUGUAACAUUCAAGGUUAGUUUUGUAUUACCAGAUCAAUCCUACCUGAGUGUGUUGUCUUUCAGAAUCUAUUUUUGUUAAAUAGAUGCAUCAGGUGUUACUGGUAAGUUUCAUUACCGUGUCAGACUUGUACUGCUGUCCAAAAAUAGGAGUGUGUGCAGAAAUUUCAUUACUGCUUGUUGUGGCUUGGUUUUUAUACUUGAUCUGUCCUGGGUGAUGUCAAACAGUGGCAGAUACACCCAAGCUUAUAAUUUAUCUUUAAAUAAAAGUUUUUUUCUUUUCUUUAAGACCA